AUGGUUUCCAUGGAAAAUAGAGGCAAUGAAGAUUUCGUUGACAGAGUAUUCGAUCUGGGCACAAGGUACAUAGAUAAGUGUUACCGGUUAAUUGAUAGUUCGGGACAGGCGGUUGUAGAUAGGUUGAAAGAUAUGGCAGAAGAUUGGGCAUUGACUCCUUCGGGAAAUAUCCCUGAAAGGACCGGCACGAUGGGAGGUAGUAUGCUUCGGAAGCUGUUUCCUGGCUUGAAUGGUAGCCAAUGUGGUAAGAGCCAGUACUGGCUUUACGGUUUGGGGACUUCAGCUACUGUUUUGGUGCUUUUCUGGAAGCUAGCAUCUAUUCCGUCUCGUUUACCUCAAAAUGAGUCUCUUUGCGUACUGAUACUCGGCGAUAUGAGCGAUCCAAUUGUCAGAUCGCAAGUCAUGGAUCUAUAUGCAAGACGUUUCACGGUGUUUAUAUGCUCUGAAAAUGCUGAAAAGUUCAAGAAAUAUAAAGACGAAACAGAUUUCCUGAUACCCAUAGAUGCUUCCUCUUCCACUGAUCUUCAAAAGUUCAUUGACUAUUUGAAUAGUUCUAGCCUCCCAAAUGGGAGACUAGCAUCAAUUUUGUUCAUGCCAAAUCUUUCCUAUCAACCUUCAGGUGAACUGUCAAUGGAAGCUUUACAAUAUGAAAUCAAAUCAAACAUUUUGAUAUCGUAUAACACACUAAUUAAAUUACUACCACAUUUACUGACUACUUCUAGGAAUAAAACUCAGUUAAUAUUAUUCAAUCCUUCAUUGUCUUAUAAUUUGCAAAUGUCAAACCAUCCUACAGAACUUUUCAUAUCUGGGUUUGUGAGUUCUAUCUAUCAUUCUUUGCAAAAAUAUGAUUCUCUGAAUGUAAUGAUGAUCCAUUUGGGUUUAUUCCAGAUUCAAGGUCAAUUAUCAAACUAUAAAUACUUAAAAUGGUCUGGUUCAAGUAUUCAAUCCGGCUUACAUUCUCCUGUGUAUAAGAUAAUAAUGUCAGCCAAUGGAACUCCUGUCCAGAAACUUUUACUUUGGUUCCGAACUUUGUUCGGUCGUCACCCUGUUUUCUUUCUGGGAAGAUUGAGCUUCAUUUCAACUUGGUCAAUAUUCCCAUUAAUGUUAAGGUUCAAGCGGUUUUUAUCAGCCAAGAAUAGGCAAGUAAGAAAUUUUUUCUAUUUGUAA